UCAACAUCAUAACAUGUUUUUUAAUUGCUUUGGAUAAGAAAGAAAAAGAAUUAAACUUAGUACAUUUGUGAAGUAUAUAUAACACCCCAAUCAGAACAAAAUGUAACAACACACCAAAACAAAUCGAAAACAAGACAAAACAAUGAUAUUGGUAUCAGAAGGAAUCAAAUUGGAAUCAGAAGUAUAUUAUGGAGACGAAAUUUGUCAAGUGAAAUCAAAAGAACUUCUGGAAGAUAUGUGUCUUCCCAAAGAUAUGUUACCAUUGAAAGACAUCAUUGAAGUUGGUCACAACAGAGAAACAGGUUUCGUGUGGCUGAAACAGAAGAAUAGGAUUACACACAAAUUUGAAAAGAUUGGAAAACUUAUUUCUUAUGCUACUGAAGUCACUUCUUAUGUUGAAAAAGGUAAGAUUAAUAAAAUGAGUGGUGUUAAAUCCAAAGAGCUUUUUAUAUGGGUUACACUAAGUGAUAUUUAUGUUGAUGAUCCACCAACUGAGAAAAUCACUUUUCAAACUCCUGCUGGACUUUCUAGAACUUUCGUUGUUUCUGCUUUUGAACUUGAGGAGAAAUCAAGUGGUGUGAAAGAGUUUCGUUCAUCAGUUGUUCAUUUCCUUUUUGUUAGCGCGUUGCAGUUUGGAUGGAAGUUGUUAUGGCUUAUAGCUGUUGUGGUUGGUUUGGCUCGUAUUGUGUAG